AUGUCUGUAAACAAUGCCCUCAACCAUCAGGAUGGCUUCCAUACAUCCAGCCCGAACGAUGUCACCAUCUUAGCCUCGCCACCCUCGUCGUCAUCUCCAUCAACGUCAAAGUCUACCAUCACACCUUCAGGACCUCCUAACCUUAGAUCGUCUUAUCUGGGUGUCCCUUCAUUUCGUCCCUCCCGACCAUCACUCGACAGUACAUAUUCUGAAUUGUCUGAACUAUCCUUCCACUCCAAAGAACUACAAACGCAGCAUCCUCUCGUCCGCUCGAUAUUCCAGGAUGCAACCUCCAGACCACCCCCGCGCUCUCGCAUCGGUGCAGCCUUGCAUUCUUUCUACGUGACCAACUAUGGAGCCUUGUUGGUCCUUGCUUCUCAAGUGUUCGGCGCCGGCAUGAACGUCAGCACGCGCCUUCUCGAGACUUCCGGCACGCACGGUGCGGCCAUGCAUCCAUUCCAGAUCAUUUUCGCACGUCAAUCCAUCACCACCCUGGUUUGCACGACGUAUGGAAUAUAUACCAAAGCUGUUCCCUUCUUUCCACUUGGUCCACCCGAGGCCCGCUGGCUGCUCGUCCUUCGAGGCCUGUUUGGGUUCUUCGGCGUCUUUGGCCUCUACUUCAGUCUGCUGUACCUUCCGCUGAGCGACGCUACCGUCUUAACGUUUCUGUCUCCCAUUUUAUCAUGUUAUAUCUGCAGUUUCGUCAUUCCAGGGCAGACGUUCAGUAAACAGCAACAGCUCGCUGGUUUUAUCAGUCUGAUCGGGGUACUCUUCAUCGCACAGCCCGCGGCUUUGUUCUCAUCAUCAAGCUCAUCAAACUCCAGCCAUCCCCAGUCUCAUAACGGUGGCGGCGAGCCCUCUCCCUCAAACUCUACAGCGACCCACCCCUUCGGACCACAAGAGCCAACGUCCGACCAUCACCUGUUGGCGAUAGGCAUUGCUAUGCUAGGAGUGUGUGGCGCAACAGGUGCUAUUACUUUGAUCCGCGCCAUUGGAACUCGUGCACAUGCAUUCAUUUCCAUUAAUUAUUUCUCCGCCUGGUGUACCAUCGUAUCAUUGGUUGCUCUCCUUGUGUUCCCGGACGUCAAGUUUCGGUUCCCAGGCAACUUGACUGAAUGGGGCCUCCUCCUCAGCUUGGGAGUUUGCGGUUUUGUAAUGCAGUUUCUCCUAACCGCCGGUUUGGCCUAUGGUGGCCCAUCCGCUGAAAGUCACGCCCGGCAUGCAGCUAGAACUAGGCAAGCCCUUCGAAAAUUCAGGGACGUGGAGAGCAAUGAUACCACGAUCCCGACAAGUGCUUCCACGCCAGAAAGGAGGCUAAGUACCGAUCUAGGGACAACGACAACACUUCCUCGCAACGCCCCUUCGGCAAAGCCCAAACUUGAUGGCAGUGGCACCCGGGCCACGAGCAUGGUCUAUACACAGAUGCUAUUCGCACUUGCCGGCGACAAGUUUGUCUUUGGAGUCAGCCCUGAAAUGACGAGCUGGAUUGGAACGGUUCUUAUCUUGGCCGGUGCCAUCUGGGUUGCUAGCGCAAGAGACAAAGACGUAAAGAGCCGCGAAGAAAAGGAGGAUGAAGAUGAUCUGUAUCUUGGUACCGGCAGGUAUGACUCUUACCGAGAGCAAAGACAGAGCAAGCAUACAAAUUCGGCCACAGUCGACGAGGCGGAAGAGGAAACGGGUCUAAUGAACGACAUUGACGACAUUGACGGCCGCGGCGACGGAAACUUAGAUACUGGAAGACGAGAGUGUGUGCAUGACCAGGCCGAGAGUCUUGAAUUACGGGAUUUACACCCUCACCACCCUGGCAGCGAGUAA